UGUAAUUUCACUAACUGCCGUUUUAAUUAAACAAUUUUGAACUAACACUGUAAUAUGUUAUAUACUUACAUCUCUAAAUAAAUAUUCGAAAUGUCUGUACAGUGCAGUAAAAUGGGACCCAAAUAAUAUGAGAAAUAUUUUUAUUGUUAAUAUUGAUUCGCUAUUUCAUUGGAUCGCGAAUUCUAGAUCUGAGAUUUCAAUUUUAGCGGUACAUUCAACAUUAGUUAUGUCACUGAUACUCCAGAGGGCGUAGAACUCUAAUUGCACUGCUGCCUUAUAGCCAGCUUCCACUCUCUGCCUUACUCUUAGGACGCACAGGUCGGACGGCGAUCGAACAGAUUACAAUUCACCGUUAAGAGUGAUUCGAGCUCUGAGGCCGCAGCGUCAAAACAACUUAACGAUUAAAACGGUCAACUGGAUUGGAUUCGCACGGUACCAGCUGACAGUGACAUACAGACGACCCGACGAACUCCGGCAAUGGUCAAGGGUAAAUGAAAGUCCACGGACACGACGAUUACCGAUCAUUUCCGAAGACAGUCCAAGUGACCAGACGGAGAUGACCAUCGACUAUCGAAAGGACAGGAGUCAAUGAAAAGUCUCGAGAGGACCUCGGGCGGUAUAAAUAGAGGUGCUCCAUAAGGCCUCCUCAACAGAUCUCAGCCCGGUAGGCUGCCACGGCAGUCGUUUUGGUCUGUAGUUCAGCUGUUGUAAUUGAUUGAAUCAGGUGUUAUCAGCUACGGUUUCUUAACCCAAAUCUGAGCAGGAAGGCAGCUCUGGAUAUUCCCGAGUCUGCGAAACUUACAAAAAGGCAGAGACAUCCGCACUAACGUUGCGUGCUCGUAAACCAUUGCUUCGAGAACAGUCAGCACACGUUACAAUGCAAGCAGCAUUGAUUAUAGAAGAAAAUAUAUACGUGGGUUCAAGUGGUAGCACUGGAAAGAACAUGUGCCACUAGAUGCUGCGAAUUCGAAUACGCACGGUGAAAUCCAGCAUCGCGAUAAGAUAUAUUCGUGAACGUCAUUUGUCCAAAGUCGUUGCGAUGUGCAGAACAUACAUUGCUGUGAGCAGCAGGAUUUGAGCGACUCUCUCACCUAAUCUGCAGUACUUAUCGGUCUCUCAACACAGCAGCGAAUGCGCUCAGUCCGCUAGUGAGGUGCAGGCAGAGCGCAGAUUAGUCAAAAUUAGUAACAUCUGGUCUUGUGGCAAUUUUGAAAGCAAGACGUGGGCCUGUCGAAAUUAGUGACGGUUUUGAAAAUCACAGUCAUCAAUUUUGAGAGAAUGAUCUUCCGUUUGACUUCUCCGUUUCCCAACGAUACGUUGUGGCUGCAAUGGAUCGGAGGUUUCGCAGCCAUGAUAAUGAUGUUCGUAGUUGGCUUGACAAUCGGGUGGGCUUCGCCUUACUUGGCUCAAUUUUCGACUGAAGAUUCUCCAUUUCCUGCCUCAGUCGACGAGGUUUCUUGGAUCGCGUCGAUCUUCCAGCUCGGACGGUUGCCAGGAGCGGCCCUCGGUUUUAUUGGCAACCAAUACUUGGGCAGCAAAACUACAAUGAUCGGAAACGGCUGUGGACUAAUGCUGUCCUGGAUUCUAGUUAUCGCAGCAAAUUCUGUAGCCUGGCUUUAUGUGGCAAGGUUCAUUUGUGGGGUGGCCAUCGAGGUAGCUAGCAUCAGUUUUCCUUUAUACCUUGGAGAUAUUUCAAGCUCGAAUAUCCGCGGUGCAUUAAUAGCUAUGACGCUGAAUGGUUUAUCCUUGGGGAUUCUGACCGGUAACAUAAUGGGUGCUUACAUCUCGAUGAGAAUCUUCGCGUGUAUAAGCCUCGUGCCAACAAUCUCAUUCGUUCUAAUUUUCAUAUCGAUACCUCAGUCUCCGUACUAUCUGACAAGUAAGAGCAAAAUGCAGGAUGCGGAAAAGUCGAUAUUAAAAUACAACCCAAAAGCAAAUAUCUCCGUUGAAGUCGAAACCAUCAAGCAGUUUGUGGCCACAACAAGUGCCGUGACCUUCAUCGAUCGAUUACGCGAGUUUAACAUCCCUCGAAACCGGAAGGCUGGAUUGACAGUUAUCAUCUUGGACUUGUUCGCACAAUUCUGUGGACUAAACCCCAUAGCGACUUACAUGGAGACCAUCGUGACGAGAGGUAUGGUCACCGUCGUCACACCUUCCAUUGUGCCCAUUUUAGCAAACGGAUUAGGAAUCGUAGCUGGAUUGCUUAUGAUGUAUUUGGCUGAUGCAGUCGGGAGAAGGAGGAUGUGGGUCUAUUCGAGCUGCGGAGUUUGCCUAGCUAUGACAGCGCUGGGCACACACUUUUACCUUUUGAACGAUGGACUAGAUCCCAAACAUUUGCAAUGGAUACCGAUAAUCUCUAUGAUUUUAUUCACGAUCUGUUUCAACAUGGGACUUAAUUGCAUUCCAGCCAUUCUUCUCAGCGAGCUUUUCGGAGCAAACAUCCGAACUUUAGCCGCCUCCAUCUCCUGUGCAUUUGCGGCUGUCUUUGCAUUCACCUCGGUUAACAGUUACCAGUACCUGCUAGAACUUAUCGAUGAAAGUUACAUCUACUGGAUGUAUGCAAUCUUUAUGGCUGUAUCCGCAAUCUUUGGACUCUUUUUAGUCCCAGAGAUGAAAGGAAAAACGCUCAAGGAGAUUCAAGAUUUCAUGACAGAGAAGUAAAGCGUGAUGGAUUGCAAUGAUUCUGCCCUCAUUAGUCAUUUCUCUGUGUUCAUUCACUCAGCAACUGGCCGUUUUAAUCAAUUUCACCAAGUACUUCAAACUAUAGUUUACGUUAUGAAGCUAUGAGGUGAACGAAAAAAAAUUGAGAUCUCAUCGCUUGUGAAGCUUUUCGAUGAACGUGUUACAGUGAGAAUUGUGAUCGUUAGACAUGAUAACAUAUAAAUAGAUGAUUUUUUUACUAUGUAGAUUGAAUAUAUUUCAGAUGGUGUUUUUACCAAAGGUUAUGUAAGAUGGAAUAUAAUAAAUGAAAAGUGCAAAUUCUUCUCACCGAAUCUAUAUCCAAGCAAUAUGGAUAAACUUCGAAGUAUAUCAUCAUGAAGAUACACAAGCGGCCAAGUCAUUUGAAUAUAGGUAUGUAAAUGUUGUGCAUACGAAUGUAAGUUUAACAAUUUAAAUUGUUCAAUUCGUUUUAUCACAUACCUAUUGUCAAUGUCACUUGACUUUUCCGUUUCCGUCUUUUUUUUAAAAAUCCGACGAGUUGUUACGUACGAAUUUGUUGAAAGUAUAAAUCCGUUUCGUAAUCUGCUUAAUCUGCAGGACUUAUCCUGCUGUUAACAUUGUGUUAACAUAAAACGACGUUUGAUUAUACGAUGAAGAUAAACUCAUGAGUGUAAACUUUUAUCGUGGGCUGCUCAGAAAUUCCCAAAAGAUUGCGAGAAGUACCAAGUUUAUGUAAUUGGACAUGACAUGUAUUAAAAUGAUUCCUACAAUAUUACAGAAAAUAUGCUAAAUCAUAGCAUGCUGCUGACAGCAGGAUAAGCUGAAGCUUCCGGAGUUGUAUAUUAUUGAAGUCGCAGGCAUAAGAAUAAAGCAGCAGAGUAAUAACACGAGGAAAUAAUACACAGAGUAGUUUUUGCUCCAAAUAUAUUCUUUAAAAGUUUCGAACUAGGCGUUGCAGCCUUGUAUCAGUUUUCCUGUUUCUCAAAAAAUGUAAUCAACGGCUUCAAUUUGAACCACUCAUGGCAAUGCGGCUUAGAUUUUUGCAUUUAAUUUUCGUAUUUUAUUACAACUUUGCUUUGAUACAGUUUGCAGGUUGAUCAAACAGUGCAUAUAAAUAUAUCUGAUACCUCUGUGUGAUAAGACAUAUCGGUAAAUGGCUAAAAGAUAUGCUGAUACCUAUACAGUGCCCAAAUUUAGAUGAACUUGGUACUCUUGUCAAAUUACAUAGAUAAGGUGUAAUGUAAAUGCUAUAUACGUGUAUCACGUAACAGCCCGUUGCAGAUGCAUUAAUCUUGAUGAUAAAUGAU